AUGAACCGGAGGCGCUUUGAUAUUUCGCUCUUCGUCCUCGCCAUUGUCCAGGUCACCAUUUUGAUGGUUUCUCUCGAGAAGCCUUCGUAUGACACUAUGGGCAUCGUGUGGCUGGUUAUCCCCAAGAUGAUUGCUUCUCAGCCUCAGCAAGUCUCGGUUGUCAAGGCUUGA